AUGUUCACAAAAUUCAAUAGGUCGGCUUCCUUUUCUACACGUUUCCGACAAGCAGGCGGGGUUAACAGCAUCGACAAUUUCGCUCGGUCAUGGCAACGAGCCGCGUGUUUCCCAGAAGUCAUCCCCCGACAACCAUCCUUCGUAGCCGCGGACUCUGAUGAUGAAUGGCAUCCGUCAGGGGCUGAAUCCAUUAGACCGCAUGGCUCGCCUCCUCUCGAUUUAGAUCCGUCUCUCACGCGGCCUCUGCUGGGCAUGCAGGGUGAAGCACAUGGUAGUGGCAUAGCUGGUCCGGGCCUUGCCGGGAAAGGGAUUUUCAACGCUUCUCUUCUCGGAUCUUCAUUUGGGACAUCAUACGGUACAAUCUCUUCUCGUGUUAGCGAAUCGACCCGAAAGCAUGUUAUAGAGUUCCACAGGGAGCAACAAGCUCAUCCUGAGCCACCCACGGGUCAUGAUGGAGAGCCUCUUCUCCUCAAACAGGUGCAACAUGAGGAUGGUACGCGAGAGAAUAUUGUAGUUGGCCAAUCUACUGUGCCACAGACGAUCUUCAACUCCGUUAACGUAUUAAUCGGUGUCGGCCUUCUGAGUUUGCCUCUGGCAAUGAAGCAUGCUGGGUGGCUCCUUGGUCUGAUACUCCUUCUGUUCUCUGCAAUAACUACAUCUUACACUGCUAAGAUUUUGGCCAAGUGCUUGGAUGUGGAUCGAAGCCUUGUGACGUAUGCUGAUUUGGCAUAUAUCAGUUUUGGACACCAUGCUCGCGUAGUAACAAGUCUUCUGUUUUGCUUGGAACUCCUCGGAGCUUGCGUUGCCUUGGUAGUACUAUUCGCCGAUAGCCUUCAUGUUCUUUUCCCUGGCUUAAGCAUCCUCCAAUGGCAACUUGUAUGUGGUGUGAUGCUUGUGCCCCUGAACUUUUUACCUCUACGGCUACUGAGUGUGACGAGUAUCCUUGGUAUACUCUCUUGCACAUCCAUUGUGGUCAUAAUUUGCAUCGACGGGCUCGUCAAGCCAGACGCUCCGGGCUCGCUUCGGGAUCCUUCCAAAACUUACUUGUUCCCUGAUAAUUGGGCGACUAUCCCUCUCAGUUUUGGGCUUAUAAUGUCGCCUUGGGGUGGCCAUGGAGUAUUUCCCAACAUAUACCGAGAUAUGAGACAUCCACACAAAUACGCAAAAAGCCUCUGGGCAACGUACAUAUUUACAUAUUCCCUUGACUGUGCAAUGGCCAUCCUGGGCUGGCUAAUGUUUGGCGACGGAAUUCGGGAUGAAGUCACAGCCAACGUGUUAAGGGUAGACGAAUAUCCGCGGUUUUUGUCUAUUUGCAUAAUAGUUUUCAUUGCUAUAAUUCCAAUCACCAAAGUCCCCCUCAAUUGUCGGCCUCUUGUGGCGACAGCUGAAGUCCUCUGUGGACUUGGGCCCCAUAUUGAAUUGGAUUCAAACGAGCAUUCUGGUCGCAGAAUUUUUUUCCGUCAGUCAUUGAGCGCUUUUAUUCGCAUACUCGUUAUAGCCCUCAUUGUUGUUAUGGCGAUCAUUUUCCCAUCCUUUGACAGGAUUAUGGCGUUAAUGGGCUCAGCAUUGUGCUUUACUAUUUGCAUCAUAUUGCCUCUUGCAUUUUAUUUGAAGAUCUUCGGGAAAGAGAUUAGCCCAAAGGAACGACUGCUGGACUGGUUUCUUCUGAUUAUAUCCUCAAUUUCAGCGGUUGUCGGAACGGUGUGGGCAUUAUUGCCGCAGGAAAUGAUUUCUUCGCUAUGA